ACACUGAGGCAGACUGUGGUCACUGACCGGAGACUCUGCUGGCUUUUAUUCCGCCAGCCUAAAACCAGACCGCAUGUCUGACCCAGGGUCUGCCUGCUGCCGGGAGCAAUUUGCUGUCAUCCCCCGAUCCUUCACAUCUGGACGUUGUCCUGUCGUAGAGGAGGAGGAUGAAAAGAUCGCCUGAUCCAUUUUUUGGCAUUUUCGCUGACAGCCUAUAGCCUGUAAUGGGAGGCAGGAGCGGCUUGGCCCUUUCUUUAUUAUAGGAACGAAAUCCCCGCGGUUAGCAAUGUGAAGAGCAGAUCGCCUUGUAAUUCUCAUCUCGUGAUCCUGUCGAGUAAUUAUGAACAACACGCAAGAUAUGUCGCCCGAUUUCGUGUUGAUGCGCCUGGUUUCCGCGGCCGAGGAUGACCGCUUGGACGCAGAAAACGGGAAUCUGCCGCCCGGAGGAGUGGUGGCAGGACUGGGUAAGGAGGUCCUGGUUCACAGCAGCGUCAAAGCGGGGUUGGAUAUCAGCCGAGAACCGACGGAGAGCCUCGAACAUCCCAGCAGCUACCUGAACAAAGCCCCUCCGAGCAUCGAGGCUGCACCUGACUCCGGGGUGACGGAGGGCCGAGCCCCGCUGUCCACCACUCCCCCGCCGCAGAGCUCCAUGGAGGCCCAGGGCUUUGACUUCGCCCCCAGUUCCGGCCUACGGCCUCAGCUGCUUGUAUUCUCCAAUAUAAUGCGAAAUGGAGACGGGAUUUUAGAAUUAGACCGUCUGAAUCAGUCGAAGGAUGCGCUGGACCCUGGUCUAGGACCUGGCUGCUCCGGACCUGCUGUCAACAACAACACUCGGCAGCAUCAGAACCUGCUGGACCAGACCUGGAGGGCUCAUCCGACAGUGUCUGCAGAGAUGCAGGGAGCAGCGGAGCUGUGCCGCCGACAUCGGCUUAUCACCACCACACCCGAGUGGCCCGGGUUGUCGGAAAGAUCCAACCCUCUCUCCCUGAUCGACGCUAAAUGGGGAUGCGGCACCGUGGACAGAGAGGGAGCCGUGUUCGAGCUGGCCCGGAGGUUCGGAGAGCUGGAAGUUGGUGCGGUACCCAAAAUGCUGCUCAAAGGUGAGCUACCGAGGUGCUCGUGUCAGAGUGUGCACGGAUCUGUAGGAGGGGGAGUAGAGCCAGGCGAUGACCCGACCGAGACCAGCGAUGCUUUGUUGGUGCUGGAAGGGCUGGGAAGCGGGGAUGUGGACGGUUUGGCAAUGGACGAGUGCCCGGAGGAUGAUACGGACGAUGAGAAGGGACGCCGCGAGUUUUUGCUGAACAGGAAGCGGGAGAUAGUUCAGAAAAUGUCCGGAGCUUUCUCUAUCGGCAGUUUCCAAGUGGAGGUGAGGAGGCAGGUGCAAGAGAUGGCCCCGGCGACGACCGAAGCGGGAGCGGCGGCGCACCUUGGUGCCCAGGUGUGCAGCCUUCACGGGACCGUGUCCAACCGCCUGUCGCAGGCGGGCGCUUUGAAUUCAGAGGCUGCCACCCAAGAAUCAGCCAACUUACCGACACCUGUCCAGAGCACGCCGUGGGCCACGAGCCCAAAUCUUAGCCUAGCGUCGACCCCCAGAAGGCGCCCUGAGCGGUGCGUCAGCGCACCGCGAACCCCUACAGGACGAGCUGCAGGUGGAGGAAAAACGUUCAAUGUUCCGGGAAAAUCAAAAAAGGGCUCGUUAAAGAUCCGACUGAGUAAGCUGUUCCGAACUAAGAGCUGCAGCGGCACCAGUCACCUCCUGGAUAAGAGGCCUUCAGUGACUUAUUCAGUAUCCUCUGCCGGGAGUCUGGUGGACAUGGUGGGCGCAUCGGGUCCCGAACAGGAUGCUGACAGCCUGAACCAGCCCAGAAUGACCCGGGCCCACAGUGCCUUCUCCCCUGCCUCCCUCUCUGCCUCCCUCUCUGCUUUCACUGGUGAAACUGUUUCUCUGGUGGAUGUGGAUAUUUCACGGCGAGGGACAAACACGCCACACCCUCCUACUCCACCCCCUCCUCCACGGCGAAGUCUCAGUCUGUUAGAUGACAUAGCUGGGCCUCAGCCAGGCCCUUUCCUUGUGAGUGUUAUGGGCGCCUCCCUGCAGUCCCUCCCCCUGCCUCUCCCCCCUCCUCCUCCGCCCUCCCAUGCCACCAUCCACCACAGUCUCAGCCUCAAUGACGCUUUCCUCCGGGCACUUCCUCAUUCAAACCCUUUGCCAGCUGAUGCUCCACCCCCUACCAGACAGGCUCCGCCUCCUGUGCUGUGUGCCCUGCGGCGGUCUGAAGCCAGCAACUUUACUGCCAGUCUGAGAGAACUGGAGAAGUGCGGCUGGUAUUGGGGUCCUAUGAACUGGGAAGAUGCAGAGAUGAAGCUGAAGGGCAAACCAGAUGGAUCCUUUCUGGUCCGAGAUAGUUCAGACCCUCGGUACAUCCUGAGCCUCAGCUUCAGGUCGCAAGGAGUCACACACCACACUCGUAUGGAGCACUAUCGAGGGACAUUCAGCUUGUGGUGUCACCCAAAGUUUGAGGACCGCUGCCACUCAGUGGUGGAAUUCAUCGAACGUGCCAUCAUGCACUCCAAGAAUGGGAAAUUCCUCUACUUUCUGCGCUCCAGAGUUCCAGGACUUCCACCCACUCCGGUUCAGCUGCUGUAUCCUGUAUCUCGCUUCAGCAACGUGAAGUCGCUACAGCACCUCUGUCGCUUCUGCAUCCGACAAAUAGUCCGCAUCGACCACAUCCAAGAGCUUCCACUGCCCAGACCUCUGAUUUCCUACCUAAGUAAGUUUUAUUACUAUGAUCCUGAGGAGGAGAUGUACCUUUCAGUCAAGAGCAUCAGACGGGUGGUGGGUGCCGAGCAGGUCGAGUCGCAGACGUAGCAGCAAAGAUCUCCUCAGCUUAAAAUGAGGUUUCACGAGGAGGACUGAUCUGAACUGGUAUGCCGGUCUCCGAGCAUCAGCCAAUCAGAUUCCCAGGAAGUGUGCAUCCAGUUGGACUGGGAUGGACUCUCCUCUGUGCUGAUUGGACUCAUCAAAAGAGGGCUGAGUGUUCGCGGUUGGAUGCUGGAAAAAACAUGGAGGCCGUAGCUGAUGCUGAGGACUGGGUGGUGUCUGAAGAUGAAACAUGCCGGCAGACACUACGAGAGCCUGAACCAUGAACUCAACUUUCCGUUUUUCCUGAACCUGUUGGACUUUUAAAAACACAAUGCAGUGGUCAAUUUGUGUUCACUCUCAGUUCUUUGCUUUUCCUUCCAUUUUGUCAAAGUGAGGGAUUUUGGAUGGGAAUAUGCUGACGGGUUAGAUAUACACACCAAGGCGGGACAAACAAGACUUCUGUACUAAAACUGGAGCCAACAUUUUAAUUUCAAAAUCAGCUGAGCCGUUUCCCGAGAGGAAACAUCUAUUUGACAUGCAGCUUGAUGAAGAAAACUUCUCUAGUGGUAAAAAAUAAUGCUCUUAAUGUAUCUGUAAAACGUUCCUGGAUAACCUGCCAUUAGUUUUGUGGACAUAAUUUAAUUAAUUACAAAUUUAUCUUUAUACUGUGGGAAUUUCAUUAUGAGAGAAGGGUAGGGCUGCAAAGAAC